GACGCCGCGUUUAAGCUCCAUUCAAAUGAUCACAGUUUACAACGCCGCUUGAUAGGUUUGAGUGCCCAUUCGAUACCGGGGCUUGUAAGCCUCAGCAGAUAUAGUACGGCCUGCAAACCUGAGCGCCGUACUACCGCCAGCGCGAUCGUCCCAAUGCUAUGAAUCAAGGCUUCAGUGCAGCAAGCUGCAUCUCCCACCAGUCCCCUCGAUUCGUUUGGAUAUCGGACGCUCUACUUGCCGACACUUUCAGCAGGUUCUGCCAUCAUAAACGCUAUGGCAGCAGCAUUCCCGGUCCGUUGGAGGCUCAGCGCCGAGCCACGAAACGGAAGAACACGAGCCUGGCGCACUACGGCGAAGGAAUCGCCUCCGUGGAUCCCUCGGUGGUUCUAGGGAAGACUGCAAAGAUAAACUGGUGGCAGACUCCGGCCAAUGUGGAACGAGAACGCAGUAGACAGCCAUCGGGGCACGAUUUUGCAUUUUCUCGCACCGAUCCUCCCGGCGGCUCUCGCCUGCUGCCCUCAUGGCUUUUUUCAGAGCCUGAUCAAGCUGGACAACACACGCAAACUACGGACUUUGGCGUCGGCAGAAACAAAGGUUCAAGAGGAAGCACACGGCGGUCAAGGCGAGGGCACGAAGAAGAGCGGGUGGCACAAUGCCAGAGUUUGGCCGAAAUCCAGGAUUUGUUGACAGAGCAUGGGAUCAACCCUCGCAAAAACAAAGAACUGGGCCAAGCCAUAUCGCGGCACAUUUUGGGGUUUUCCGUUCCUGAUAUUGAGGCUUACCUUUGUGAUCCGGUCUUUCAUCCGCCUGGGACCUCCUUCCAUUUGCAAAUGCUUCCUUGUUUGCUGUCUCGCAAGUGGGGUUUUCAAUCUUGGCAUGCUAUUCGGGAUUCAUUUUGUAAAGCGGCUGAACUGGGCCUGGUCAGCAUCAUGGACUUGCGAGCCAUCGUUAUGCAAGUGGCCGAUGCAGGUCCGAUGACUCUCGUCAAGGAAGACGGGAGGAUUCAGAUCGUCAAGUCCGCGGAGAAGGAACGGUUCAUCUACCGGAUCUUGAUGUCCUUGUCGAAUUCUCGAGUCAUAGAACUCGACAACCUUGGCCACGAGUUCCUCUCAGGAUUGAUGAGAAAGAUGGGACGAUCUAGAAGACUCACUUCUACGUCGCAACAGAUCCUUUGGAAGCUCUCUAGAUGGGCCUCUGCCCGGGAUGCUCCUCUGAUCAGCCGGCUCAUCAUCCUGUACCUCCGGACGAAGUGUCGGGACGAGACUGGUGAAGAGACAGGACAGAAGCUUGCUGAGCGUCUUGCGACCAUUGACACAUCUGUUCUGCAACUGGCCCUGUUACAGACCACAGAGGAGUUGGUUCGUUUGGCGCAAGAAGACAGGACAUCGACUUAUGUGUAUCUCUUUUAUCACUGGACUGGGACACUAGCCUUACUGGGGUCGAGGAGCGGGAUCCUUGAAUUCUCGCACGACCUAUGGGCGUCCCAUUCCUCCAGCACAGGUAGUCUUAGCGCAGAGCAACGCUUCCUAGCACUUGCAUGGACCUUCCUGGCUCUUGGGAAGAGGCAGCGAGCGUCACCCGCUCUCUCAAAAAGGCUGGCUUUCCUUGAGCUAUUCGAGACCACUUUGGAGCCCAUACCACAACUGGCCACUCGCGAAUUUCUUGACCGAGCCAUCCUUGCUAUCCGCAACACACCUCUCCCGAACAGACACAUACUACUGCAUCACCUCUCGCGCCUUGGUGACGGCACUCCUGUGGUGGCAGGAACACACCCAGUUGGCCUCUCUGACGUGGACGGAUUCCAUGGCCAGACCUUUUCCCUGUUCCUCGACCACGACCUCUACCAGCACGCUCGACUGAACUACACCGAUGUGCUUGCAGAGCUGGCCGAGUCAUUGAACCAAGAUCUUUCUCUGUUCAAGGCACUGUCGCGGAGAAUGAUAUUCAAGAACCCGCGCUCAUUCGAGAUCAUUUCCCGACUUUUGGAAAACAACAUAGCUCUCAAAAUAGCGCUUUCUCAAGCAUUUAUCCCUCUUCAAAACGACGCAACACAACAAUUCCUCAUCCCGACUCAGACCCGCACUAUGGAAAACACUCAUUCCUCUGCCUCCAAAAGAAACCCCCAAGAUGGAACUAGAAGAAGCAGCCUCACUCAAGAAAGGCAGCCAAAAGGCAGCAGCAGCUCACCUCUUUCGGCGCCGGAUUCCACAUCUGAUUUUGUUGCCACGUACCCCUCACCACACGAAGCUUUGGAUCUGGUCAACCAUCUCGCCGUCUCGUUUGCAACCUCGCCAGUGACGAGUGCGCGAGCAGCCCUCCGUCGCGUCUACUGGUGCUACACCUUCCUACACCGCUACGGCGGGCCCGUACGUCCGACCGUCACCAGAGCCCUAUGGCAUGUGGGCGUGACGCGCUACGGGGAUUCGGGGACAUCGCGCACCCUGCUGCAGUGGAUCCUGUCGCUGAUUAGACGCACCGAAGGCGAAGAUGUGGCCCGCCAUCUGCUCUGGAGUCAAUCGUUACGCGAGCAAUGGCGACGAGAAAUCGAAGAGCUUGCGGCAGCCAAGGACGACCAGAAGGCCGAUUGUACGGGAAAGGACGAGAAACAACAACAACGACUUUUGCCCGUGGAAGGAUUGGGCGAACUCUCCACGGAUACCACCAUUGAGACAACUACAGAGUCGAAGAAAGACCUAGACACCGCGUCCAGAGAAGGAGACCUUUCCUCGGCCGCAGCUGGAAUUACAGCUGGAGGUGGAGCCGGGGACGACACAUCCAUCUUAGCAGCGAGUCUGGACACGCUGCGGAAAAUCCGCUUCGUCAAGACCGAGCCCCAAGAACUGCCCUUUUUCUUUGAAAAGUCCACCAGACGAGCGGACUGGGAAGCAAUGACACAGGCUAUGGAUCAAUGUAAUUCCCAAUCUGAAGGACGGGGCGGGUCGCCAUUAGUAACCAGGGAUCAGCCGGAGCAAUCAAAAUGAUGUGCUUACAGUGGGGCAAUACUGCUCAUCUGAAGCACAAUAAUAUUGAUAUUGAAGAUCCAGGGAAACAACUGAGCUACAAAGCAGAGCCCAUAGAUGGUAUUAUAUAUACAAUCAAGACAGGACACCUUUUGUCGGUUACGGAUAUCGAUAAACGUCUUCUGAAAGGGAAUGCAUAUGGGAGGCUCCCGCAACGUAACGUGGGUUCAGGCCGUCCAAGCGCUUGCAGCACACUGCCAGGCUACAUAUAUGCUGGCAUCUCUCCGGUCAUGACCACGGCCUACUAGUAGCAAUAGCCACCCAAGUAGAAGAGCAAAGAAAUCCCGCCUGAGUGGUGACAGGCGAAGAAUUGAAACAGGACAACAACGGAUGACGGAUGUGCAACAGACAGGUCGGGCCAAGUAUUGUAGGUGUUGUAAGAAAUGUGCUACAGUAUGUCCCUAUAUGUCCAACGGGAAGCGACUGUGUCCGAAGGAUCCAC